AUGGGUAAUGGUAAUUUAAUUAUUUAUUAUUUAGAUUGGAAAACCUCAACAUCAUUCAAGUAAUAUCACACCUUAGCCUGGCAUCAUAAUUGUAUUAAUUUUAUAUUUAAAUUAUUAUAUACUAAUAAGAUUUUAAUUGGAUUUUUAUCAGUUCAUGAAAAAUAGCUAAAGUGUUAAAAAUCUUAAAUUUAAAGUUCCAAUAAUCUCAAGCUGAAGAUUUACUUAACAUCAGCACAUAUAAAAAGAUAACAAAUCAUUUGA